GAUUUCGACGAACUGCAAUUUUGGGAGCACAUUGUAGAUAUAUCAUAAGUAUUUUAAAAAUGGCCAUUGCGAGGACGAGUUUGUAGGUUUAAAUUAUUAAUUUUUUGACCCGAUUAAACGGGUCGGAAAUCAACAAACAAUAGUCUGAUUACCAUUUUAGACAUUACUCGUUACAAUUUUAUCCACUCAACCAAUUAUUUGAGCGACUUAAAGAAGUUCGUUUUAAUAAAGAUAAAAAUGAAAUACCUACCCAUUUUUCUUUUACCUCUUUGUAUUGAAGCUGGACUAUUUCAUGCUUUAGUGAAAGAAGGAUGUACAUUUGACGAUGAAACCAACAGUUACCAAUGUACAAAAAUAAGAAAAUUCUUCCCAAAAAUGUAUUAUGGCGAUUAUCGCCUCAACUGUGAACUUUGCGAUUUGAGAGUGUUUAAUAAAGAUACAUUUUCACAUAGAAACGCUUUGCUGAUGUUCAACGUAACUGGAAGUAACAUGGAAAAUAUUACAAAUCACGCGUUUGAAAAUCUAAGAAACUUGCAACAUAUUCAUUUGGAGCGUAAUAAGAUUAUUAAUGUAUCUGAAAAUGCCUUUGCGGGUUUAAGACACGUUUACGAGUUACAUUUGGAAUUUAAUAAUAUUGAAAAUUUAACGGAAGGAUUUCUGAAUAAUUUCGAAGCGAAUUCUGUUUAUAUUAGUUAUAAUAAAUUGGUUACGAUUCCACCGGGCGUUUUUAAGGGUCUACAUGGAGUUAUGUCGAUGGAUUUUUCACACAAUUUAAUUAUUAAUCUCGAAAAAGGAUCAUUUUGGAAUGUUAAUGGAAUAGAAAUUUUAAAUUUAUCAAACAACAAAUUGUGUUCAUUACCAUUAGGUGUUUUUAGCAACAUACAAACUUUAAGAGAUUUAAAUUUGUCGAAUAAUAAAUUUAAAACGUUUCCUAUUGGAGUUUUUUCACCGUUAAAGAAUUUGGUUUUUCUAAAUUUAUCACACAAUUAUUUUUCGGAAUUUGAUUCGUCACUUAUUUUACCAUUAAGAAUUUUAUCUCGGUUGGAUAUUUCUGGUAAUGGAAUUCAAUAUUUAGACACGAUUAAAUUACAUCAAAACGUCCCCACUUUACGACAUUUAGUAAUAAAUGAUAACUUAUGGAGGUGUUAUCAACUGGGAAAUGUUAUCCAAGAAUUACGCAAAGUUAAUGUUGAUGUAUCAGAUUUUAGCUACGAAAGAUUUGAUAUUAUGAAUAUUAAUGGAGUUGCUUGUACCGAUAUGGAAUUUAGCGAAGUUUUUCCUGUUGAAGAAUAUUUAAAAUUUGUUACUAAAUAUUCAUCCCAAUAUUACUGCUAAUUUUAUUGUAAAGGCUUAAAAGAUUGUGUUUAUCAUUUUGUGUUAAUAAAAUUUAACAUCUCAUAAAAAAUGAAAACCUAA